AUGUGGGAGCGCACGCUAUCAGAUCUGAUCCGUGGCCUUCGCGCCAACAAGGGCGAUGAGUCACAAUUUAUUGCCAAAGCAGUAGACGAGAUUCGAACCGAAGUCAAGAGCAAGGAUAUGGAUCUUAAAGCUGCUGCGGUGUUAAAGCUUGUUUAUUUGGAAAUGCUUGGGUACCCGAUGCGCUGGGCCUCAUUCUAUGUCGUGGAGGUUAUGUCGAGCCCGAAAUUUCACUUAAAGGCUGUCGGAUAUCUCGCUGCAGUCCAAUCUUUUACUGCGGACACGGAUGUAUUGAUGCUUACUACGAACCUACUGAAAAAAGACCUCUCGAAUGCAAUGGCUCCUACCCUUCCUAUGGUCUUGAACGGAUUCUCGCAUCUCACCACUCCCGACCUAUCGCGAGACCUGGCUUCCGAUGUAUUUGCUCUUCUCACCCAUUCGAAACCCAGCGUACGCAAGAGUGCCGUUGUCUCGCUCUUCAAGCUCCUAACCACAUACCCUGACGCACUUCACAUUGGCGUAGAACGGCUUAAAGAGCGUUUAGGGGAUGAUGAUCCUGGUGUGAUUUCUGCCACGGUCAAUGUUUUAUGCGAACUUGCUAGGCGGUCUCCCACAGAUUACUUGAUAUUGGCACCGCAGCUGUUCCAUUUGCUCACUACUGCGUCAAAUAAUUGGAUGCUGAUUAAGAUUGUGAAGCUGUUCGGAUUCCUUGCGCCUCAUGAGCCCCGGCUUGCCAAGAAGCUCUCAGGGCCACUUUCUGAUUUAAUUGAAAACACUCCUGCAAUUUCACUCCUCUAUGAAUGUGUGCAUACAGUAAUCGUUGGUGGUAUGCUGCAAGGUAGCAUGGCAAGGGCAUGCAGUGGCAAGUUAGCAGUAUUCUUGGGUGAUUCAGAUCAAAACUUGAAGUAUAUUGCGCUCCUUGCGAUGGCCAAAAUCGCCCCUACGCACGCCCAUCUUGUUGCCGAACACCAGGAUGUCAUUUUCUCUAGCAUUGAAGAUUCCGAUAUGAGCAUUCGUAUGAGAGCGCUCGAAUUACUCACCGCUAUGGCAAACCGCCAUAAUAUUCAAUCCAUCGUUCAGCAACUCCUUGAUCACUUGAUCAAGCCACCGGCUCAGCCUACCCAGUCGGCCUCUUCCGCCCUCCGUGCAACAUUAACUCCUGGUUCUACAACUACUCCAGCGGCCACACCGGCCGUGACUGCACCUUCCAGAUCUCAAACAGAAGCCUAUCGCUUGGUUGUCGCGCGUCGAAUUAUUCAUAUGAUAAGUCGAGAUGCGUAUUCGGCCGUUCCAGAUUUUGAGUGGGCGCUUUCGGUUCUGAUCGACCUUACAUACGUAAUCUGUGGCUCUUCGUCACCCGGCGAUCCUCCUUCUCGAUCAUCCACGUUUCCUCCUCAAUACGCCUCAAACCCUAAAUCAGCCUCCGCGAUCGACUCGGAAAUAUCGUUUCUAUUCAAAGAUAUAGCUGUGCGUGUCCGUGCCGUUCGUCCAAGUGCUGCGGCAUUGUCUGCCAAAUGUAUUGCGGAUGAACAAUUUUGGGCGUUGGGUGCUUGGGAGGUCGUGGGAGCUGCUGUAUGGAUAUGUGGAGAGUAUGCCUCUGAUCUCGACUCGCCACUGACAACCCUUCUUGACCUCCUCCAACCUGCUUCAUUAGCUCUUCCGAAUGCUCUCUCUAUUCAAAGUGCGCUCAAGGUGUUUGGAUACUGGGCCGCCUCGCGAGCAGAGCGGUGGAAUGAUGGGGCCAGUGCUGAGGUUCUGAGAGAGGUAGAACGAACUUCGGAAAGUUUGAGAGCGUUUGUGGCAAUUGGUGACCCGGAGGUCCAAGAGAGGGCGGCAAAUGCACUGCAACUAUUCAGAUUUAUUCAGGCCGAUGUUUCUGGGUUCGAGGCGAGGCGAGGCGAAGCUGCUACGCGCGAGCCCCAAGAACCGUCCGAGUCUGAACCGGCACAAUCUGAGCCUGGCAGUACACUUCCUGAAGCUGUCUCGACCGAACCAAAUUAUCCCAAGAGCAUGUACCUCCUCCAGCCUCUUCGACUUUCCUUCGAACUCAAUUAUGUCGCUCCGCAUGCUCAGAGUGCUGUACCGAUUCCUGAUGGCUUAAACCUCGACGCUUGGAUAGUUCCUCCGCCAAAGGUCAAAUAUUUAGAAGAAGACGAACAACCUAAAAAGGUCAAAAAGAAAGGCAAGGGAAAGGAGAAAGAGAAGGAGCGGGAUCCAACCAAGAAGAGAAAGAGUAAAAAGGCCGAGGAGAUCAACGAGACGCCUGAAGAGAAGGCCGCAAGAGAAAAGGCCCGCGCUGAACGAUUGGAAAGGCAAAAAGAUGAUCCCUAUUAUAUUUCGGACAAGAAACUUACAACUGAUGAUUUACCGAGGGCAAGUUUCUCCUCUGCCUAUAUGUAUCAUCAUCUGACCAGGCCCCCAGGAGGGCAUGGUUCAAGAUUUGUCGGAUUUAAGCCUCGAAGUGUUGCCUCCCAGGUGGCCGUUGUUGAUGUCGCAGGCGAGAUGCCAACUCCUCGAUCCGGUCUCGGUACCCCUCUUUCAGGGCCUGCAGGCUCUACGUCUCCUGUGCCCUCGCCCCGUCCUACCGCGCCUAUUAUUUCGUCAUUCCCUCAGUAUGAAGUUGAAGAUGAACCUAGGGCAACGACACCUGCUCCUGAGCCGAUAAAAGUUACCAAGGUCAAAAAGAAGAAGGCAAAGGCUAAACCAGUUGUUUGA